AUGCAGUCAAUCUCGGCAAUCGCCCGCACGGUACCAGUGUACCAGAAGCAAGCCUCUCUACACGAGCUUGUAACGAAAAUAAUCUCCUGCCAAUCCACAAGAUCUCUAUCAGAGACUGACAGAGCACUCUUCAAAGACACCGAGGAUAGUGACUAUGUCAUUGCAACUGAAGAAACGAUAUUCCACCCCCAAGGAGGCGGCCAACCCAGCGAUAACGGCCAGAUGAAGUUAGAGCGCGACCAGACAAAGAGUCAGAUUUAUCACAUUGGGAGGUUUUCCGGACCUGAACAAUUAUUGUGGGAGGGUGAUGUUGUCGUUCAGAUUAUUGAUACUGCCAAGCGGAACUAUCAUUCUCGGUAUCACACCGCUGGACACAUUUUGGGAAUUACUGUGAAACAAUUGAAGGGUAAGAUUGGGGAUGUUUCUGAGGUGAAAGCAAAUCAUGCCCCAGGUAUGGCGUUCGUGAAGUUUCGGGGUUUGAUUGCCGGUGAGCAUAAGAGUGAUAUUCAGGAGCGGGUGAACGAGCUGGUACAGGAGAAUCUUCCGGUGAAGUUUAACUGGUGGGACGAGCAGAAGGCAAAAGCUCAUUGUGCUGCGCUAUCAGAGGGCUUCUCGAUGCCUGAAGAUGGCGAUGUUCGGGUUGUAGAUGUUGAAGGUGUUGGAGCUUAUCCUUGUGGAGGGACGCAUCUCCCUACCACCGCAGAUAUUGGGAGUAUUGUUGUGAGGAGGAUAAGUCGACAAAAUGGUGUGACUAAGAUUUCCUAUGCUAUUGAAGGUCCAUGA